AUGGCGCAGAUGGCGUCCACGGCCGCUGGGGUCGCCGUGGGCUCGGCUGUCGGACAUGUCAUGGGCAGCGCCCUGACUGGAGCCUUCAGCGGGGGGAGCUCAGAGCCCGCCCAGCCUGCCGCUCAGCAGGCCCCUGCCCGAGCCGCCUCCCAGCCCCUGCAGAUGGGGCCCUGCGCCUAUGAGAUCAAGCAGUUCCUGGACUGCUCCACCACUCAGAGAGACCUGACCCUGUGUGAGGGCUUCAGCGAGGCCCUGAAGCAGUGCAAAUACAACCACGGUCUGAGCUCCCUGCCCUGAAGAGACCGGGCACCGUGGUGCGGAUUGGAGCAGAUUUGGGUCCAGCUCUGCACUCAACUCCACCCCUUCACCGACAGCCAGACCAAAACGCCAGAAUGUACCCAUGUAGUUAGGAUUUUUGUGGGUUCCUCACCCCAUAGAUGACCAGAGACACAAAUGUGCAAUUAAAAGUUUAUCUUAGACCAGA